UAUGAAUAGAUUAACAAAGCCUAGAUUCCUACCAAUUCUGACACAAGCUGGUCAGAAGAGAACUUCAAGUGGAGUUGAAAAGGCUAAUUUGAAGAAGAAGAAGAAAUCAAAAAGCAAGAAGAGGAAAGAAGCUGACGAUGUGAAUAUUAUCGAAAAAGCUGAUGUUGUAGCCGAUAGAUUAUCCUAUACUUUAACGUUCACGUCGGAUUGUUUGCCGUCUAUUUCAUUGAAUAACGCUAGAAGCUUGAAUAGAGGAGCCCAACGAAUUUUAGAGUUUACAAUCGAGAGCAUCAAACACGGAGCUAAGACGAAAAUGGAUAAGAUAGAAAUGGCUCAACGACAACUAAUGGCUGACUUAUUAGAACGGUAUCCACACCUAGAAAAACAAAUUAGCUUAAGUGUUCGCAAAAAUCGAACUCAAAACCUCUUAUUCAGAGACGUAAUGCUUGAAAGAAAACACAAAAGAAACAUACCGGCAGUUCAACUGGAACCUCUCCCCGAAGUUCAGCAAAAUGGUCUUCAUCUGCUAGGCAAAUCAGUUUACAAACCAAUAGUGGAUGAUAGUAAACAAACGACUAAGCAGAACAAGCAAAAUAACAGUAAAGUAAAAAUUUCUCCAAUUUGCUCAACAAAUUUUGGAUUAGAAAAUAGGGAUAACAAUCGAUUAGGAAUGACUCAGAAGACUUUCAUUAAUAAUAGAACCGACUUGGAACGGCAUAUAGAAAAUUCUGCAAACAAGCACAUAAAAACAUUUGCCUCUCAUAUUCCUAAAAGAAGCAAAGCGGAAGACAAUAUUCUGUGCCUAAGGGAAACUCUUGCCCCUUCAAUUUCAAACAAGCCAAUACUUCCCUCCAUAUCGACUAUAAACAAAUAG